AUGACUACACCUUUGGAUGAUCCUGAAAAAUUAAACUCUGAUGCAGAUGCCAGGAGGCUCGAGAAUUUUUCCAUACAGGAACUGAAUAUGCUCAUUUUAAAGCUUGAAGAGGAGGUAAAUGAGUUGCAAAGCCUAGUUAAUGCCCUAACCAUCGCAAUGGAGAGAUUCCAAGAAUCCAAAAAGGCCCUCCUAGAAUUGGAGAAGAAAAAUAAACAAAUUCAAGUUCCUCUCACUUCGUUGGUAUACGUUCCAGUCUUUAUAAUCCUCCAACACUUAAUAUACAAAUUCCUAGGAGAACUGACUAACCCUGACAAGGUCCUGGUUUCAGUAGGAACUGGAUACUACGUAGAAAUGGAUUUGAAAAAAGGAGAAGAUUACUACGAGAGGUAUACUCCAUACCAGUUCUAUUCUAUCAGGAAAGGCAAAACAGAUAAAUUUGAGUUAUUCUUAUCUGGACCAGAAGUUGGCUAUUCUACGAAACACACAACUGGCAGCUCAAACAACAACCUGAACUUUUAUCCACCAAAAUAA